AUGGCGAUUGUCGCGCAAGGAGUUUCCACAAUCCUCACAACGUUUCAAAAAACGUUCAAAGGUAUGUGUGCGUAUAAAAAUAAAGUACCCAAGAGCCCGUAGUCAUGCGUGACGUUUUUCUCAAAACAUGAUUUUCUUCCUCGUCCGAUUUGUUCGUUCUGUGUUCUCAGGUAAGGACUCUUCAUAAUCCCGCACAUAAAUAAUUAUUACACUAUGCUUUGAGGCACAAAUUUUCCUUCGGCAGUAAUAUGACAACUGUUCUGCCACCCUCCUGAGAUGAUGGAGUAACCAGGAUGAAGUGAAGUUUUACAGGAUUGCUGCCAUUGAUUAUUCUUGUGGUGUACACCAUUCUUGGAGCAUGGAUCUUCUGGAUGAUCGAAGGUGAAAACGAGCGAGAGAUGCUCAUUGAACAGCAGAAGGAGAGAGAUGAUUUGAUAAGAGUAGGAGAGGAAUACGGAAAACAAUAAACUCUCAGGGAACUACUUUUAGAGAACAGUGUACAAGAUUAACCAGCUACAGAUCAAGAGACAGAGAAGAUUAAUGACUGCCGAGGAGGAGUACAACAGAACCGCCAAAGUUUUGACCACCUUCCAAGAGACACUGGGCAUCGUGCCGCCCGAUUUGGAGAAGGAUGUCCAUUGGACUUAUCUCGGAUCUAUUUUCUACUGUAUGACCGUGUACACAACAAUUGGUGAGUCAUUCUCUCACAUGAACGACAUUUUGAAAUAAUAUCUUUCAGGUUAUGGAAACAUCGUCCCCGGCACCGCGUGGGGUCGUUUUGCCACAAUCCUGUACGCAUUCAUCGGAAUCCCACUCACAGUGCUCAGUUUGUACUGUCUUGGUAGUCUGUUCGCGAAAGGAUGCAAAAUUCUGUGGCAAUUCUUCUUGCGAUCCACCAGAGUUGUCAGUAAGGACUUGUCUAAAAAGGUAUCAGUUGAGGAAUGUGAACUGGAGCGGAGAGCUAAUAUUCCAUUAAGAAACAAGUAUUAUACAUUAAGAUCAAUCCGGACGAAUCCUGGAGAGUAAGCGAAAGGGUUCAGAAAAGGGGGAACACCAAGAUUCCCUGUUUUUGUUAUUUCUUUCCGCUCUAGACCACCCAAACUCACAAAUUUUUCCAGUUCUAACAAUUCUCCCCCCAAAGCUUCACAUUUUACUUUUUCCGAUUGUCUUUUUGUUUCAGAAAGUAACAUAUUUUACUGUUAAUUUUCAGAUUUCCGAAGCAGCCGAUAAUAUUGAAGAGGGAACUACUGUAAGUUUCAUUCCUUCCCUCCGUAGACUCUUCUUCUUCUUCUUCUUCUCCUCAGGCGAUUGCUCCCGGUGGAAACGACGAUGAUGAUCUUCUUUCGUUCCCGAUUUCCGGUCUGCUCAUCAUCACGGUCAUCUGGGUUAUCUUCUGUGCUGUGCUGUUCUCGUUUCUUGAAGACUGGGACUUUGGAACUUCGCUCUACUUCACUCUCAUCUCGUUCACAACUAUCGGAUUCGGUGACAUUCUUCCAUCCGACUACGAUUUCAUGCCCAUUGUUGGAAUCUUGCUCCUCGUUGGCCUGUCGUUGGUCUCCACUGUCAUGACUCUCAUUCAACAACAGAUUGAGGCCCUCGCAACGGUAGUUCACAAAUUGUAUUUCGCAAAAUGUUUCAUCUAUGAUUGUUCAGGGCAUGAAAGAUAACAUCGACCAAGAAUACGCUCGCGCUCUCAAUGAGGCCCGUGAAGAAGGAGAAGUGGAUGAGCACGUGGACCCGGAAGAGGAUCCAGAACACAACAAAAAGUCGUUUGACGCGGUCGUGUCCAGAAUGAAUUGGUCGAAAAGAGGACUCUAUUAUCUUCUCCCGGACAGCCAAAAGAAGCAACUUCAGCAGCAUUCGGAGAAGAAAUUGGGACGGAAAAGUAUCAAGAUCCAAACGGACAACGAUCUUUUGGAAGUGAGUCGAGUCUCUAAUUAGCAGUAGUUUGUCGGAAACUAGCUCUUAUUAGUGUUGUCUUGUGGCACAACACUCUCACUGGCACACAUUACAGACUCUCAUUCGGGAGGAAAUUCUCAAGGCAGAGCUCAACAACGAAAUGCACAAAUACACGGCGCCGCGGUCUUCCCAACCAGCCAAACUUGUGUAUUCGGACGUGCGAGAGAAGGAGGUGCCGAUCGAAGUCGUUCGUGUUGAGCACUUCAACCGUGGCGACGAUUAUUUGGAGCAUGAUAUCUAG